CAAAAAAACAUUGUAUUUUCAGGCUCGCAGUUUCAGGGACACAACCUAAACUGCUAAUUGGGACUUGACACUGCACGUGAUUUGAGCACCACAGGCCUUACGUCAUGGACAACACACUGCACAGCCCUGCACAACCAUCUCUAUCACCACUUCUCGCAUUUACCAUGAACGAGAACAGCAAGCUCAUCGCGGGAAACCGUCCUCCACGAGUGAACACGUCAACGCGUCCGACGCCUGACUUCGGAACAUCCAGCUCUGGUGUCGGUAACACCAUGGACACCGUCAGGAGCGUCUUCCAACUCGCUCAAGGCUACGGGGACUCGUUCCGCGGCGCGAUCCUCGGCGCGAUCGACGACUGGGAGAACAAAGGCGAGCAGAAGCACCACGACGUCGCGCGCAACGGACAGGCGAUGGUGAACGAUGCCUUCCGGCAGCUCGGGUGGGGCGGGAGCGGUGUCGCAGCGCCGGGCCAGAAUGGUGCCAGUGGCUCUGCGACUGGAUACGACACCAGGCCGCCGGCGUACAGCUAUGCGUCUACGGGAUCCACUCCGCAGCUCUAUGCGGACAACAAAACCGGGGGCACUUGAGUGGAUAUAAUCGUUCUCCAUCCCAUUGGCUGUUUUAUAGUGCUCUGUACUCUUUCUACCAGGCUCUUUCGCUAUUCGGGGCAUGCGAGUUGUUUACAGGAUGAUGCCAAGUCAAUGUAAUAUCAUUCCGCGUAGAGCCACCUCCGCGUUUUUGGCACGCAUGCAUUGCCACAAACCACGUGUUAAAUCCAUGAUCACAUGAAUGAGUGUUAUGGCCUGAGUCUUCGAUACGGAUCGUCCCACCCACAACGGUCGAAGAAGCACGAUUCACCCUCAAUUACAUGCUGCCCUUGGGCACCGCGUCUGAGCAGAUAGUUACUUUCUUGCCGAAUACAAAUGCG